AUGAGAGAGGGGGGCUGCAAAUCCCUCUCUCCCAACCUCUACAUCACUCUCCCAUUGCAGACCCAAAUUCUCAGCUCAUUUGACCACGCUCCUACUGUUUGUGAUGAGAAUGUGAAAUGUGAAUGGCAAGGUGUAGUGGAGUACGCGCAAAAGUAUCAAAAAUGGUCUGAGAGGUCAGACGCUUGUUUAGCCCAAGAAUCAGUCGGAGGAUCUCCCCAACCAUCAACAAGGUACACGGCGCUUAUGGCUUAUGGCCUGACCGGAGUACCAGACUGUGUCCUUGAGGCUGCUUGCUGGGCUGAGGCUGCUGUCAGGGUUGGCAGGAAUCAUGCGGGGUUCCAACUGUCAAAAUGGCACCUUAGCCAGUGCAACUUUUGCAGCAAACUGGUGCAGUCACAUGGGGGUCGCACAAUGCAACCCUUGGAGCAUGCCCAUGGGAGUCUUGAAAACCUAUGGAAGGACUACACCAGACUGGAGACACUCAAAGCCAAACUCGUUGAUGUAAAAGUGAACACCACUGACAAUGAAGCAAAUACCACAGCUAUUGAGGUUAUUGAUGUUCAGGAUGUUCAUGUGGCCAGGGCACCCACAUAUGUGAAUACCACUUCUGGACAACCUAUACCAGGCACCGCGGAGAAAGUUAUCCCUAUACCAUUCCGUGCUGGCGACCGAGACAAAGAAAUGUCCUCCGGUACUGAAGUAAUUUUGUCCUAUGACAAAGCAGUAGAACAGCUUGACAGUGAAUUUCUGGCGAUACUUAUUCUUUGCCCAACUCGAGAUGCAAUGAUAGCUACAGCUUGUCUUUGGGGUGGGGCCCCUCACCCACCUGAAACAAAGAUUCUGGUUGAUUUGUUGAGCCGACCAUGUGUUGGCAAGUUCACCGGAUCAUAUGAAUAUCACCUCAAAUAUUUGGAGUGGGGCUCUCAAGUCUGCACAGGAGACAAAGAGCAGACCGGUAUCCCCUGGGAUCUGCUGUUCAGUGCUGUUGAGUCUGUUUGUCGUCUCAUGCAUCUGGAGGAUGGAUAUGAUCCCUCACAAGAAGUCAUUGAAUGGGGAAGUCUCAAGAAGGAUCAUACAAGCAGAUGUUUCUAUUGUGAGUCCAACCCUUUAUACCUGUCCCACGCUUGGCACGGUAUUCAGGAAAUCCGGUUGGACCGUGAAAACGCCUCGAGGGCUAAACAAUAUGUGAAGGAAUGGAAGGAGGGACUAAACGGUAUCAGAAAUGUCACCAGCAAAGAGGCUGAGAAGAUCAAAAGUCUGUCAAACAUCAUUGAGCUCAAUCUUGGAAGGAGGUACAGUGAUAGAAUGCAUGAGAGUCGGAAUGAGGAAUGUCCCAGAUGGGGUUUUGCUCAGCUGUUCGAAAGGAUAGAUCAGAAGAGAAAAAGAUUGUAUAAUGGGAAGAAACAAGUUGGACCUUUUACGGACUAUCACUCCGUGCCAACCACCGGUAAACGUGAUCGAUUCCUUCUCUUCCUCCGUUUCCGACAAACCUGUAUUCUUCAUCUUGAAACCAGGUCUGCCGAGAUACACUACGCAUCUCAUUCUCCAGUCGACUGGUGUCAAGAUAGUAAGCUGGGAUACAUCGAAAUUUUUCCUGCUUCAUCAGCAAUGAGGUCCCCGAUAUAUGACAUGAACGCGAGGAAGAGGGGGGAAUCGGAAGGUGUCAAGGACGUGGGAAUCGAUUCACGGCUACAGAUGUGGAUUUCGAUACUUGAUCUACCCUGUGUCAUGGUUUCAUGGGGGAGGAAGUUUGGCUGCGCGGAACUCACGACUUCCGUCGAAGCUAAGGCGUCAUGGCCACUUCCUACCUCAGAUUUCCUCCUCCCCUAUAUCUGCUCUUCUGUGUCAUGGCAGACAUUUUCGACUUAUCGAGGCCGUAUCCGUCUCGUCAGACUGGCGGAACAGCGCGUUCGGUAUUGA